AUGGAUAAAAGCAAUGAAACAUCAACAACAGAUUUCAUUCUCCUGGGACUCUUCCCUGAGUUCAAAUAUUCUGGCUUCCUUGUUUCCAUUAUCAUUUCUUUCUACAUCAUCGCUUUCACUGGAAACUCUAUCUUGAUUCUCCUGAUAUGGGUAGAUUCCCGGCUCCAUACACCUAUGUACUUCCUACUCAGCCAACUCUCCAUCAUUGAUGUGGCCUACAUAUCCAGCUCUGUGCCCAAGAUGGCUCUUAAUUAUUACUUAGGUAAAAGAAAUAUUUCUCGAGUUGGCUGUGGAACUCAGAUGUUUUUUUGUUUGACUUUGGGGGGUUCUGAAUGUCUUCUUCUGACCUUUAUGUCCUAUGAUCGCUAUGUGGCCAUCUGUAAACCCCUCCAUUACCCCAUUAUUAUGUGUCCCAGGAUUUGUUUGCAUAUGGCAGUAGUUUCCUGGGUUGGGGGUGCUUUAAAUUCUCUAAUUCAAACAAUCUACACCAUGCAUUUCCCUGUUUGUGGCUCUAGGGAAAUUCACCAUUUUUUCUGUGAGAUGCCUGCUAUUUUAAAGCUCUCCUGUGAAGAUACCACAGAUUAUGAGAUGGGAAUAUUUGUGGUAAGCAUUGUAUUUAUUCUCCUUCCUUUUAGUCUCAUUGUGACUUCUUAUACCCUCAUCUUCCUCACUAUUCUUCACAUGAACUCUCCUGAAGGGAGGAACAAAGCCCUGGCCACCUGCUCCUCUCACUUGACUGUGGUGAGUCUCUACUUGGGACCAGGCAUUGUAGUUUAUAUGACACCUGGUUCUUCCCAUACCCCAGAGUUAACUCAAGGUCUCUCUGUAUUUUAUACCAUACUCACACCUAUGCUGAAUCCACUCAUCUACAGUCUGAGGAACAAGGAUGUUUUAGCAUCAUUAAGAAAGACUAUGACAAAGAAUCUCAUUUCCAAGUAA